ACUGAAUCUACAAAGAUGGGGAAGAACGACAAGAAGCCCGCCGGCGAUAAAAAGGCCGGCAAGGGCUCUGACACGAAGGACGCCAGCAAGGUCAAGGGCGCGCAGUCCAUUAACGUCCGGCACAUUCUGUGCGAGAAACACGGAAAGAAGGAGGAAGCAUUGGCGAAAAUCCGUGACGGAGCCAAGUUUGACGAUGUAGCAAGAGAAUUUUCCGAGGACAAGGCACGUCAGGGAGGCUCUUUGGGUUGGAAGAGCCGGGGAAGCCUGGAUCCGGCGUUCGAAGAGGUAGCUUUUGGGCUCGAGGCGAGCUCAACGGGCAGUCCCAAGUGGGGAGAAGCCAAGACAGGAUUUGGGUAUCAUAUCAUCAUGGUCGAGGGGAGGAAGUGAGAGUUUGGUAUUCUCAACAUGGGAAUGGCAUUCCUCAUCAUACAUGAGCCCUCAUACAUACGCUCCGUGUAUCUUUGGUGUUUGGCACGUUAUGCGGUGUAUACGAGGCUCAUGCCCAUGCUGUUUUGUAAUUCCAAAAGAGUGUUGUGACACGCCUUGUGACACGCCUCUGAUAGCUUCAAGUAGCGAUAAGGGGUUCUACGUUUGGCUUGGUUGUGACUCACGAGUCAAAAAGUGUCGUUGCAUGAUAUACAGGUGAGAACCACGGGUAGCUGCGAGUCAAACGGGUGCUCAAGAAGACAUUAUAGUCUUCUGCGAAUUGAGUUGCGAGACACAUGCGAACAC